GGUAGCUAAAUAAAAUAGAAUGUCGAUACUAAAACGACCAAGAAUUGAAGUGAUGGAUAUGGAUACUGGCGAAAACAUGCAUCCGCGUUCCCAAAACUUUAGCGAAUCGAGGCAAACAAAUCUCAGCACCAGUUUUGUACGAAUAAUGAACCCGCGGAGACCAUACGACAACAAAAAUAACGUUAUUACAGGUGCACCAAUAAGACUGACAGACGAAGAGCUCCUCAAUAUUAGUGUACCAGAGCUAAAUCGGCAUUUGCGAGGACUUAACGCAGAAGAAGUUAAAGCCUUGAAACAAAGAAGGCGAACUCUCAAAAACAGAGGAUAUGCCGCAUCUUGCCGAGUUAAGAGAUUGACUCAAAAAGAAGAACUUGAUAUCAAACGACAACAACUGCGGCACGACGUUGAAAAAAUAGCAAGAGAAAAUACUAUCAUGACUGCCGAACUCGAAAUGUUACAAAGAAAAUUUGAAGACUUAGAAAAAUUUUCUAAAUCUCUUGUUCUACACUCAAUAAUUUCACGCGAUACAAAAGUCUUCCAGAAAACAUGAACAUCUGACGCCGAUUAACGCCGAACAUCUGACGCCGAUUGGUACUCUGCCUCAGAGAUAUUACGUAUAAGGUGAAAAUAACACGGAGCUUUAUAAAUAUCAGCUUCAUUUCCACUAGCACAUGACGCAUAUCUUGGUUUAAAAUUUUGAAAAAGUGACAGAUUUCGUUUGGGAGAUUCAUCUAAAUUAGCAGAGCAAUUUAAAUGAAUUUACUUCUCGAAAAGCAUGCCUUCAAUAACUAAUCUUGCCUUCUUUGAAAUUCUUUUAGUUUUUAUUAUCUAAUAUAUAUCUGAUCGAAUGUUUAAACCAAGAUUCCACAUGCAACUUGCUGUCAAUACAAAAGGGCCGCUAUAUAAAGACAACUGAAGCAAUUUAAUUUCCACGGUUAAUUUAAUUCUUUAUAUCAUAUGCAUAUGAUUAUAUUUGCUCUAAGUAUGACCUGUAUGACGUUAUGGCAUAUCAAUUCAGAAAUUCAUGAUAAAAGUAAGCAGUGUGUAAGUGUUGUGUACCAAUGUUACUAAAUUCUUGGCGUAUUUCGCUGGAAAGUGUUCUUUUUCAGUUACAUUAGACGAGAGUAAAUCUCAUUCAACGUAAUUCUUGUCUGAGCAUGGUGAACGUUUACGACUUUUGCUGCUAUGGGCGUGUUUGAAAUUAAUGUUAUAUUUUUGCGCACUAUUUCUAUUUUCACAAUAAAUAACCGAGUGAAUAUUG